UCGAAGUUCCAAUUAGCUUCUUCAAGAGUGACGUCCUUUUAAGUGCACAAUAAUAUGGCUGCACAAAUAUGCAAUUCCUAUGUAUUGAAACAACCGACAUAAUCGAGCGGCGUUCGUGUUUAAUUGCUGAGAGCGACUCCUUUUCUAUGCGGCGUGCGUGACGGGUCAUAGACGGGUGCGCGUGCAGUGCUUUCGAACGCAAGCAUCUGCGAUCUCAGUUGCCGAGACUACUACGCACCGCUGGUCUGGUUUCACUAUUUCCAAGCUCCCACUCGUGUGUUUCCAGCGACAAAAGGUAGACCUUUGAAAAGUCAUCAAAAAGCAUUGUGCAUCGUGAGUCAUGUUGAGCGGCAUUGCUAGCUAUUUUCUCAAUGCCCCACCUACUCCAACUCCUGAAGAUGAUGUUAACUACCGAACCAUGGAGGCUGAAGAUGACUGGUUGCUUGUUGAUGUCACAGAUGGGGACAGUCCCCAGCUGGAAGUACCAUGUGACCGACCAUGCAGUCUUCCUACCACCUUGCACGUGGCUGUGGUGGACUCCUCUCAGGAGGCCACACCGCCAUCAAGUCCCUGUCCCAUGGAUGGGAGCUGGUAUGUGACACCUCCGCCGUGCUUUGUGGCACGGCGGCCGGUGCACUUGGAGACGUCCCCUCUGGAGAACCUGCUCAUUGAGCACCCGAGCAUGAGUGUGUAUGGACCACCGUGUCUGCGGGGCACACCACUGACUCCCCCGCCUUCCCCACCACCCAGCACUGCAGUCCCGGCCAGCCGCGCCCUGCCUGGUCCCAGGCCGGCAGCACUGGCUGCCAGAGCGGGUUGGCUGGAACAGCUACGGCCGAGUCAGCGUAGCCAGGUGCAGCGAGAACAGCGACAGUUGGGUCGAGGCCAACUGGAGCGGCAGAAUCGCACAGUGCAGGCUGGCAACCGACACCCCAAACGCCGCGAUCGCACUGCUGCACGCCACUCAGGAGCCAACAACAAUCGCAAGUGCUAACUUGCUAUCACUGCAAAGAGACAAUGUUUUUGGCACUUGUGCAACCACAGGAAGAAAACAAGAGGACAAAUGUGGGGGGGAUUACUUGGGCAUAUGAAAUCUACUGUUACUACACUGGCCUGCCUAAAGGAAAAGAGCCAGUGGAAAGUUGUGGCCGGAAGCAGGGUCUGUGCAUUACACAGACUGUGUGCACAAAGUGCAGCUUCGAAUCUGUGUCAUGUGGGCGACAUUAGUGAACUUCAAAGUGAGCACAUAGAUUAAUCUGUCAGUGCAAGAAAGGAAGCUCAUUUGCAUAUAAAGUUAGGGAAAGUGUGUAUGGCAGAAAUAUGUACUCAGAAAGCAGCACGGCAUUUUAAACACACUGUCUGAAAAUGGAUGCUAAUAUUGCAAACCUUCAUGUCAGAACUGUCAAUGACCAGUUUCAUAAAUGGGAGACAUUAGAAAAGCCGCAUAAAAUUUUUUUUUGUCUUUGGAACUGCUGUCUCAUGGAAAUGGAAACCUGACUGGCAUUAAUACAGUGUAUCUCCCAUAGUUGAAACAGGCCAGCACCAUACCACUGCAAGAUGUAAUGUUAAUCCCUACAUUGCAAAUGUGGUGUGCACUGCAUUUUUCUGAUGUAAAAAGGAUGAAUUGUUAGUUUAUGCACAUGUAACUUAGCCAUUAUGUUAAUAAGCAACAGCUCAUUUGUUCUUCUACUUUUUUUCUGAAAAAGUUUGCCACCUGUAUUGCACUAUACUUUGUCUCAUUCUCUGCAACUCACAACAGAAUUUCUGGCCUAGAAACGGGAACCAUUGGACUAUGCUGCCUCUGUCUUCUCUAGUUUACUAAACCUCAUUUGUGUCCAAUGCCAAACACAGUGUGUUAGAUAGCACUUGUCUGCUUAAUACAGAGCAACACCAUUACUAAAAUUAUCACAUAUAAAAAUAAUAAUCUAGUGACUCAUUCACUUCCAAAAAAAAAAAAAAUUUCUAAGCAGAACAAUUUACUACAGCGAGAGUUAGAUAUUGCCUUAUGCCUGUAGUGAAUUCAAAGUAUGAUGCUUUCUGUUGUUUAAAGGGAGAUAAGCAUCAAAUUUUUCCCCCUAUUGUAAAGCUAUGGUUAUAAACCUUAAGCAUUGAUAGAAUUUUGCUUUCUCUUUCCAUUUGCCAUUUGUUUUUGUGUAGUUUCUGCUUUUCUUGUUUCAAGUGUCAUACAGUGUUGAAAGACUGACUUUUUGUGCCCACCUUAUUUCUUGUAGUAAUAUUUUGCAAUGAUUAAUGUACACUUUCUUUACCCCAUUUUAUUACCAUAGGGUGCAGUUAGCAACAAUUUUGUCAAAAAGUUUCUUUUUUAAAGUUAAUUUUAGGUGUGUUUUUUCUGAUAACAUUAUACAUUAUAGAUGAUGUAAACACUAAUACAUCACUUUGCAUACACUGGAAUAUACAUGAAUGCAAAGCUUUAUUAUAAUAUGGCAAUUUUACUUGUGAAAAAGACUGUGUACAUAGUUUUAGAGCCAACAUGUCGUGCAAAAGGAGAAAACUGCACUUUAAUGUCGUGCAGGAACACUGAAGUGAUGCUGAAGGAUGCACAUUUCUUGCUGUUCUUUAUCCAAUUUUGCUAUCAUUUAACCUCUAAAAUGAGGAUGCCCGAGCACAACUUUCCAAGCAAGAAAAAAAAAUCUGAAAGUACAUUCUUAUUCAGGCAGCUACAGUCUUUUAAACGGCACGUCCCCUUAUUUAAUUUGCCUUCAAACAACCUUGCUGCUGCUUAAUUAGAGAUCUGCAAGAAUAUUGUGAAGCAGGGAUCUCAGCAGGUACCCCCUUCCUUAUUUUUCCUACCUUGUUCUCUUCUCCUUGAUCUGUUUGAAUAUUGACCUCAUGCACAAAAGAAAGCUUGAUGCUGCUUACUAAGAGCAAUGCUGCAGUAACAGAUUAGCCAUUCUGGCAUUUCAAAAAAUAAUCAGCGCUAAAGUGCAUAUGUUGAAGAGACAUUCUUGAACUGUUCUUAAUGCACCACUCUAGUGCAAAUAAUUCCAAACAAAUCUAAAGCACCUAUGAGGCAAUGUCUCAAAUAUUGGACCUGGAGAGACAAGAAUCUGUACAUAUAUAAAUACCCAGAGAAACUGCUACUCUCACUGUACAUAAUUAACAAGCUUUUUAUUAAGCCUUGAAACCAAGCAGAAUGAUAUUGAGUUCUGCCAUUGUUGCAGUUUUUUCCACCUGCUAUACUGUUAGGAGCAUUUAUGGUAACUGGGUCACCUGGGCUGCUACAAAGAUGGAUUAAAAAAAACAGUAAAGCACCAAGUCGUCUGAAAGCUGUAAAGAACACAUGAGUCACUUUGCUCUCUUCUUGCGCGGUAUAGAGCUGAGAUAUAUACCCAUGACUUGCUGCUCUUUGCACCCAAAUUUGCCUUGUCUUCUGAUUUAGCUGAGCUUGUAAGUUCUCAUUCAUUGCACUGAUCCUGCUUAGUGUGUCAAGUUAAAUAAGAGCCCAAGUGCAGGAAUUCACCCCACCCCCCUAUCUUGCCCACUUACCUACCCACCCACAGAAAAGAGAACUCAAAGAAGUACAAAAAAAGUGCAAAAGAUUAAACAUGAAAAAAAAAUUAUUGAUAAUUAAAGCUUGGUAGUGACUGCAUGCUGGUAUGUUGAACUGCAAGAGAAAAAAAAAAUAACUUGAUGUUUUAGCUUUGUAACCUUGUGCACGUAGGUCGCAAGCAAUGCAUAGCUAUAAAACAAAAAAAAAGUUAUAAAAUCUUGAAAAUGCAUGGCAAAAGAAAAAAAAUCAAAAAAAGAAGAAAAGAAAGGCAUUAAAGGUUGUCAGUGUGAAGUAACUUUCAGAUGGCUUUUUUUCCCCCUAAUAUAUAUACAUACUAUACAUAGUGUCUUAGCUGCAGGCUAACUAUUGUGGAUGUGUGUAGUAUGUGUAAAUAACCACGUGGAACUCUUUGUAUAAAUGUAUGUGUAUGCAUGCACAAGUGUAUGCCAGCUAUGAUGACUGCUUCAGAAAUGCCUUUACACUGCCAUCACAUAUGAUAACAAAACAGGGCACCAAUGGUUUGUAAUGCACAGCAGAGGUAAAGGCUGGCAGCACCAGAGUUUGUUUGUCCCAGUAACAGCAGCACUCUCUCUCAAAUUGCACCAUUACCCUUGCAAGCAAUUAAGGCUGUUCACAAAGUUGGGCACCUAAACAACUUUUUGCAUCGAUAUCACUUUGAUAGGUGCUGUGGCCAAAUUAUGCUCAACAACCAAGCUGUUUGAGUGCAGCAUACUAAAUCUGUGUUUUUUUUUUUUUUUUUACGAUCCUCACUGACAGUGUGGCUAUAGCUUACCAACUUGUGAGCAGUUGCUGCAUGUACUUGCUACAGUGCAGUUUCAUGGCCUCUAACCUGCAUUUCUUGUACUAAAUGUAUAAAACUAGUUGUUCAGUAAACUUGCAGCCUGUUUGUCAGUAAUACUUAAUUUAUGAAGUAGUGUAAUUGGUUGAACAACAGGCCCUUCUGCAUUGCUUCAAGUUUGGAAGUCCUCUUACCACAAGCAGCCAAGCAGUCGCAUGGUUUUGUUGUUGUGCUAGAAGCCACAGCACCUUUGGCACCUUCCUCACGAUUCCGUCCCUGUUAUACAGAGCUUGCACAAAUAUGUGUAAAAACACAAUUUUAAUAGUCCACUUCUUCUUCUACCUAUUGUAAUUGUUCUUAUGAUAGUUUGUGUUUUCAUAGAGGUCAGUAAAAUUCUAUGUGGCCUCUGCUAAUAAAUAAAGCAGUCAGUUGUACCUUAGACACUGUCGUUGCAUAGGCCUGUGCAGUGCUGAAAUGUAGGCUGCUGGCUCUUGCACUUGGCCGGACGGCAGUGCAAAUGACAUCUCACCUCAUGCAUGCUUGCCUCUGUGUCUCUCUCUCAACAGGCACGCAGAGUUAUGGCCCUAAGCAUGGUAUAUGUUUACCUCCAUACUAUAAGGCUGCGAAAAUAAUUUUGCAACAUAUUUAUUUAGCUCUAACACACCGCAAAACUUUUUUAUGCUACAACUUGAUUUGGGCGAGUUGGUUCAUCUUGAGUAAAACUUGAAGCAGAACGAAGAAGAUGAAGACAAUAGUCAAAAAUGCACAGCGCUCGUCCUGUUGUGUUUUCGAUUGUUGUCUUCGUCUUCUUCGCGCUGCUUCAUUUUUUUUUAUGCUACUAUGCUAUUUCCUAGUUAUCACACUAUUAAAUUUUACCUAAAAGAGAAACAUGUGUAUCCAGCCUUCAGAAAAGCCAGACAAAUCUAGGAAUGUCUCUGUUAUGUGUCUUCCUGUUUUUCUAAUUUGGCAGUGUCUUUAAUGCAUUUCAAGAAGUAAGGCCUCACACCAAGGCACCAGGGAUUUAAUAAUAAACAUUAUACAGACAUGUCUUGGGAUAGAAUUAUCUACAUGAUUAUUUAAUGCAAUGCGAGGUGAUCUGGCUGCCCUAUUGUGCUAAAUUAUUUAGUUGUCUUUAUACCUCAUGCAGAUCACAUGUUUGUUGGGUUUGCCUAUUUUGGCCUACAAAAACAAUGCAAAGCAGUUUACCUAUACCAUUUAUCUAAUGUGUUUAAGUGCCAGGACUACAGGUGUCUUUCUUUUGACAUCCUUGUUAUUGGACACACAACUUAUACUGAAAGCCCAAUAAACAUGUUGCAAAUACAUUAAUAUUAUGUAGUAAUAUGUUUGGACUUGACAGCUGAUGUGCUUGGAGUCGUAUUAAGGUUUAGUUUUCUUUCUUCUGGGUUCUUGCCACAGUGCAUACGGGAUAAGAAUUGCUACACACCUCUGCCUCUUCCAUAACUCAACUGAAGAAGUCAGCUUUUCUGCACUGCAGUCAUUCCAUCACAGCGAUGACAAAGCCUAUCCAUUUAUCCAAGGGUGAAGUGAAGCUCCAGUAGCCAGUGCAACACCCAUGUUGCAAGCGAUAUCAUUAUUAUGCUUGUCUUAAAGAUGUGGCACUGCCACGGUAAAAGAAAAAUGUACAGAAGUUGACUUCUGAAUUAUGGAAGAGGCAUAUUACUCAAACUAGGGAUCUAUCUAUGUGUCCAAACUGCCCCCCCUCCCCCAAAAAGUCGCUAACAACUGCCAGUUGCCACAGGAUGGAUAGGUGGAUGAAUUGGUACCACUUCAUUGUGCUUACUGUCCCAAGUCAAUCUGCGCAGUGAAAUCUACCUCUUGGAACUUGAUUAUCUUCUCCAAGAGUGCAAGCAUUGCAUUCUUUGAAAGAGUGCUACAUCUGAGUAACGAAUGGUCACUUCUACAUUAUGGAGCAUAAAUUGGAGUGCAAGCUACAUGCGACUUAGCUAAACCGCUGGUUCAUUCACACUCAAAUUUCACACCACUGACAGAUCCAGAGGGACAACCCUGGGGGCCUGACCCCCUCCCGCUCCUCCCUUCGAGACAUGACGUGCUAACACUUCGCGCGCAUGAUUUGGCCUGUAUACUACAUUGCACAGAAAAAUUCAAGCACUUAGAAAUUUGACUGCGCAGUGAGCUAGACAGUGCUAGACAGUGCCUUGGUUCUGUGUCUGCAAAUUCUACACUUUCUGUUUGGCAUUGCCAUAGGCAAUGGUUACUUAUGAUUUAAUCUUAGUGAAACAAGUGGGUAAUCUACCAAAAUAUGCUAUUAAAGUACAUUCACCAUGAAAUACCAUCUCUGUGUGAGUGUGAAUGAGCCAGUGGUUUAGCUGGAAGAGUUACACACACCUGGAGCUCAUAUUCACAUGGUACAUUCAACUGCUGGUUUCUAUAACACUUCAUCACCAACACUGUGCAGUAUAUGUGAUCCUUCUAGACGUGUUCCAAGCUCAGCCCAUGAAAAAUCUGUCUGUUGGCAUAGUGCCAGCUCAUUCCAAGCACCUAAUAAUUCUAGCAGUACCUGUGGUAGAAUGUCGUUAGAAUGGUAUGUGCAUAUGUCGUAUUAAGUUAAGCAAAGCCUAGUAUUAUGGGCAGCCGAAGCUGCAUAUCCUCCGGUGAACAGUUGGCUUUUGCAACCCAGCCUUGCGCCCGAACUCAGUCCAACCAUGUUUCUUUUCUCUCUUUUUUUUUAAUUGCUACAGCAUACUGUGUUGACACCUUCCUGCUGUGAGAAGAGUGACUGCAUGUGUGAGCUCAGCAAUUCUUGGCUGUAUAUAUGUACAAAAGAACACAGCAGGAAGGAACCAAAAGUCUAGUCUGUGGCCCUACAGUGUAUAAAAACAAGCCCAUGAAGCAAAAAUGUAAAUGUGAAAAAAAAAAGGGGGGGGCUGUCCAGGAGGCAUGUCAAAUGUGUGCAUGUCAAAAUAAUGUUGCUUUAUUUACGCAAUACUGACUUGAGAAACUGUACUUGUCUCAAGCUAUGAGUAAAGCUGCUAGGAAACAUUUCAUGUAAAUGCCAUGCUUCAAGCAUGUUCACAGCAAUGUCUUAUGCUGCUUUCAUCAACAGCACGGAAUUGAAGCGCCUUGCAAAAGUUCAUCUCUGGGUUGUGUGUCUGCCAAGCUUGUAAUUCUUUCUUUUAAAAGAUGGAUACAGCUGAAGUAAAAUGAGUUGCAGGCACAUACUGAAUUAGCCAUACUUGUGAGGUGCACUUUUCUUUUUUUGUUACCUUCUGGUACACUGGCAAAGCGCAAUGUUGUUUCACCCCUACCUAUUUUAGAGGUGGUGACCCAAAUGUUAUUGAUUUUUUGUGUGUUUUUGUUCAGUCAAUUGACUAAUUAUGCAUCUUAUGUUAUUGGGUUUUGUUUAGUGUACAUCUUGGUUCCGAGCACUAUUAUAACUUGUUUAUUGAAAAUAAUCUCAUAACAUGGCUUUUGAGCAAAUUCUGUACAUUUAGUAAUUGUAAUCUUUAGUGAAUUGUGUACUUUUGUGUACCAUAAAAUGCAGACAGCAAUUUAUUUUUUGCUAAACUUCAGCUAUGCAGAUCUAAAGAAUAAAUGUUUCACAGACUGCAAAGAUUAAAGGCUCAACUGUUCCUAAGUUAGUCUUCGAGCAGUUAAUCUUUUUGCUUUGUGGAUGACAGCGAUACAUAUGGCAGGUGUCCUACAAAGUAGCUACAAGUAGAAAGCUUACAAAGUGCAUCGACUUUGAUUUUAGCAUUGUACCCGUACAGUCUUACAGCCUUAAAAAAAGUUACUUUUGCUAAACAUUUGUGCAGAGUUUUGAAAGAUGCAUGUGACUGGAAGUUCUGUUAUGAAAUUAUGUGUUGUGCUGUCUACUAUUUGUUGUGCACGUAGAUGCAGCAGAUGUCCAACCAGAACCUACUUGUACAGAUCGAUCAUGCUUCAUUGCUGAUGCACUUGCAAAGUGUACUCACUAUGCAUAUGUUGUGUGGUACUGUGUCACCAGGACAUACCUAAAAUGAAUAAUGUUUUAUAGUUUGUGCACUUCACAUUGACAGCACCCAAGACAAAGAUACUGUGUGAUGAAAUAGCUGUUAACCAUGAACACUGUACGACUGUUAUUUAUAAAAUGAUGGCCAAUAUUCCAAUAGGCUAUUACUUUGUUUAGAUGCACACUGAGGAAGAUGGGAAGAAAGAAAGAAAUUAAAACUUUUAUUUAUGCCACA